UUUUCCCUUACAUUCGAUAUUACUUCGGUAUCCAACAGUACCCGACAAGAAUCUAAAGAUAUCUCUGUGAUUGCGAUUAAUGUUUAAUAGACUGUUACAUCUGUGGUUUAUUGCAAAAUCGGUAACUCGUUUUAUUCGAUUUUAAACGAUUAUUUUUCUCUAGAUUCGAACGAUCGUUUGAAUUUAUGACCUGCAUAAAAUCUUCGUCGUUCAAAUUUGAAAUAAUCUUUCAUCGAAAGUCACGACUGAAAAAUUCUUCGUAAAAUUUUUUUUAUGAAUUAUGAAACACCAGUUCCAUUCCGUUUAGUUUUAUUUUUGUGUUGUCUUCGGUAUAAUUUAUAGACAUCAAAGUUUCAAAACGAUUUUUGAAAGCAUAUGCUACGAGACACUGCUUCGAAGGGGACGCACGAAGUCGAAGAAAUUAUGGCCACAUGGGAUGGUUCUUAUUCAGGACCGAACGAUCAAAAUUACGUGUACCCUGAUCAAAAUACUCCAGGCACUGCUGCAGGAAACUGGACGUAUUUUUCGAACAAUUUAAACAACGAUUAUCUGCAAACUAAUCGCGAAUUCUACGUGCAAAACAAUUCCGUGUACGAGCAAAAUUGCCCGAACACGUUCUAUCGUUCGGACGCGAACGUUGUGCCAAAUCUGUUGUCCCAGACUAACAAUUAUCAGGAGCAUUUGACAAACGCUGUAGACAAUUCUCAAAUAUCGAAUAAUCUCGAAUAUUUUCCGACCGUCGUCAAGUCCGAACAAUAUUUUGUACCCGUCGAUUGUUGGAGCAAUAAUUACGAUAUAAAAACAUCAAAGAGCAAAGGUAAUUUUGCGAAAGGAGUUAAAGAAACUGUGCCCAACGUAACCAAACAGUCAAAUUUGCAUGCAACGGCCGAAGAGUUUGUGCCAAAUCAUGUUAAACCGGAUGACGAGAAGCACGAAUCGAAGAAUGUAAAUGUUCCUUGUUCGGCCAUUCAAGCGGAUUCUUAUAUCAAGGAUACCAAACUUGCUCUUAGAACAUCAGAUAAAUACACCUUUGGUGAUGUAAAUAAAUAUGAAAGAAAGUAUGAUAAAAGAAAUGUAAAUUAUAAGCCCAAAGAAGGACAAGAUCAGUUUUAUAAAAGAAACACGUAUAAAAAUUCUUAUCAGCAACAAGGUAGGGCUUCUCAUAAAUUUCAAGGUAAUAAGUACUUUGCCGAUAAACAUUAUUCAGAUAAAUCGCAAGUAAAUGCAAAAGACAUAGGUGCUAACGUGUCGGGUAGAAAUACAAUAAACGGUAAUAGUUCUUGUAAUUAUAAAGAAGCUUCUGCGAUAAAUUUAAACGAGAGAGAAGCCUCUUCGAGUAUGAAUGUAAAUUCGCAUAAAAAUAAAAGAUCAUUAAAUGAUGGCAGCGAUAAAGGAAAUACCAUUACCAAAGAUGAGAAUGCAGAAUCCAAUGGAACGAAACAGUCCAAUAAUCGAGUCAAGGAAUUUACCUAUUAUAACUCUGGUUCCAUGCAAUUGCAUAAUCCUCAUAGAAAUACAAAGAAAUAUCCAUACAAUGCUAGGCAUAAUAACAGAGAAGAGCACAGUUACAAAGAGAAGAAGCGCAAUUAUCAGGGGCAUAAUGUAAUUUGGGAUAACCAUAGCAAAGAAAAUAAACCUGGUGCGAAAGAACAAAUGUACAGUCACGAGGAAUCUAACGAGUUUAGAAAAUGUUCGAACGAGGAAGCCAGACUUAGAACAAAGGAAGUUAAGGAAAGGGGGUACAAUUACCAAGGAUAUGUCGGAUAUAGGGAAUACAAUAAAGGUGAUAAAACUGAAGUUUCCAGAGAGAAAGAUAGAAAUAAAAGUUAUACAUUUGAAAGUAAAGAAAAGGGAAAUGAAAAUUGGAGAUAUAAAAGAGAAAUUAAUGAAAAGAGUAGUCUUCAAAAGCGGGAACAGAAUAAGAGACCUUCGAUCGACGACGUUGCGAGUCAAAGGGAAAGAUUGACGGAUCAACUGAAUAAAGGGCAACUAGAAUGUCUAGUGUGUUGCGAAAACAUGAAACAGAACGAUUACAUUUGGUCAUGUUCCAACUGCUAUCAUGUCUUACAUUUGAAAUGUAUUAAAAAGUGGGCAAAAUCAUCACAAGGAGAAAAUGGCUGGAGAUGUCCAGCGUGUCAAAACGUGAGCUUAACAGUUCCCGAAGAAUAUUACUGCUUUUGCGGCAAGACAAGAGCACCCGAAUGGAAUCGUCGUGAUAUUGCACAUUCUUGCGGCGAAGUUUGCGGUAGAAUAUUAUCGAAAAAUAGUUGCCCUCAUAAGUGUACUCUUCUGUGUCAUCCGGGAUCGUGUCCACAAUGCAUAGCAAUGGUGACAAGAUACUGCGGUUGUAGCAAAACAUCGCAAACGGUACAGUGCAGCACGCAUAAAUUAUUGUUUUGCGACUGUAUAUGUGGCAAGGAUUUGAAUUGUAGCAGGCAUAAAUGCGAAGCGAAAUGUCAUCACGGGGAAUGCGUAAACUGUGAAAAGACAAUAGAACAAGAGUGUUACUGUGGCAAAAAUAAGAGGGAAGUAACGUGUCAGAAGAACGUUUCUCUUACAUACUCUUGCGAAACUGUUUGCGGCAAAUUAUUGGAGUGUGGUAAUCAUACUUGUACAAAGUUAUGUCACGCGGAUGCUUGCGAAUCCUGUUCUUUAACCCCGGAGAAAAUUACUACCUGCUGUUGCGGGCAAACACCGUUAACAGAGAAAAGACAAACGUGCUUGGAUCCGAUUCCAGUUUGCAGCAAAAUUUGUUCGAAGAGACUGAAGUGUGGCCAACCGAAUAAUCCUCAUACGUGUAAGGUGAAAUGUCAUCAGGGAGAGUGUCCCGUUUGCGAUUUAACCACCGACGUGAAAUGCCGUUGCGGUAAUAUGGACAGAGAAAUUCCGUGCAAAGAUUUAACCUCGAAAGCUGACGACGCGCGUUGCGAAAAGAGAUGCACGAAAAGAAGAUCUUGCGGCAAGCAUAAAUGUAAUCAACUCUGUUGCAUAGAAGUAGAACACAUUUGCCCUUUGGUGUGUUCGAAAACUUUGAGCUGCGGUAGACAUAAAUGUGAACAAAGUUGUCAUAAAGGAAGAUGUCAGCCUUGUUGGCGUAGUAGCUUCGACGAAUUGUACUGCGAAUGCGGGGCUGCUGUGAUAUAUCCUCCAGUUCCCUGUGGCACGAGACGACCCACUUGCGACAAACCUUGUUCCCGUCAGCAUUUCUGCGGACACGAGGUAUUGCACAACUGUCACAGCGAGCCAACGUGUCCUCCUUGCACCGUCCUUACACAGAGAUGGUGUCACGGCAAACACGAGCUACGGAAAGCCGUGGCGUGUUACGUAAAUGAAAUCUCGUGUGGUUUACCAUGCAACAAACCUAUCUCGUGCGGCCGGCACAAAUGUAUCACCAUUUGUCAUUGCGGCCCGUGCGAGAAGCCGGGGCAACUAUGCUUUCAACCGUGCACCACGCCGAGAGAAAUGUGUGGACAUAAUUGCGCUGCCCCCUGCCACGAGGGUAAAUGCCCGGAGACGCCUUGCAAAGAAACGGUGAAGGUAACGUGUCAGUGCGGACGUAGGACCAUGUCUCGCGUUUGCGCGGAAAAUUCGAAAGAAUAUCAGAGAAAGGCGAGCAGUAUGUUGGCUAGUAAAAUGGCUGACAUGCAACUGGGUCAUUCGGUGAAUUUGGAGGAAGUUUUUGGUCAGGGGGCAAAGAAACAGAAUCAGCUGAAAACGUUGGAAUGUAACGAGGAAUGUAAAAUAAUAGAACGUAACAGAAAACUGGCGCAGGGUUUGCAAAUUGUGAAUUCGGAUGUAAGCGGGAAGCUGAUGCCCAAGUACAGCGAUUUUAUGAAACAGUGGGCUAAGAAGGACCUGCAUUUUUGUCAAAUGGUUCACGAGAAGCUAAUAGAAUUGGUACAAUUGGCAAAAAGCUCGAAACAGAAAUCGCGCAGUUAUUCGUUCGAUAGUAUGAACAAAGAUAAACGUCGUUUUGUUCACGAGUCCUGUAAGCAUUUCGGUUGCGAGAGUCAGGCAUACGAUCAGGAACCUAACAGAAAUGUUGUUGCUACUGCUGUGAAAGAUCAGUGCUGGUUGCCCAGCUAUAGUCUAUUAGACAUUGUACAACGAGAGAAUGGUCAGAGGAAAGUCCCAGGUCCGAUGUUGAACACUUCAAAAUCCGAUGGACCUGUAAAAACGAUUCUAUCACUGCCUACAAAAAGGAACCAAAAUCCGGAAACGCAAUCGAAAACGAAGAUGUCAGAUCCGGAAAUAGACUACUUUGAUUAUCAAGGUUAAGAUUAUCAUGUGUAUAUCGUGUACAGUGUAAUGCGAAUAGAACAAUUAAUACCAGAAUUGAGGGAAACGUGCUGCUAAGUAUAUCUAAUUAAUUAAAUGUUUUAGUAAAUCUUAUUUGUAAAAUAUGAAUGCUUGUGUAAUAACGAAUGCAGGUUGUUUAAGUAUUUCUUGAAAUACAAACGUAUUGAAAUUGUGAAAUUAAGGGUAUAACGAUGAUAGAUUAACUUUUUAAUUUUAAUUUAACGAUAAUAGUUUCUCUUUAAUGCACAAAGUAAUCUUUCGUUUCAUUAAUGUUCCCUAACUUACGAUUAUCAUUUAACCGAGGAAAGAAAAAAAAAAAAAAAAAUUAAUAAGUGUUUUUGAUGUAAACGGUAGAAAGAAGAAAAGUCACUGUAAUUAUCAUGAAUGUUUUUUGUUUUAAGGAUAUUAUUAUAAGAUUAUCGAGGCUAAUACGAAGCAUAGUUGUAAUUACGAUAACAAACAAUGUUCACUGAUUUAUGACUUCUUGUUGCUUAUACAUAUUUUCUUUUUUAUAUCUGUUCUCAUUUUCAUUAAUAAUUCGAUGUAUCUACGCUUGUCAGGUACUAUGACAAUGUGAUAAGAUGAAAAAAAAAAAACAAUA